GUGGGGUUCUCCCAUGGCCAAGCCGGGACACUCCUGGAGCCGCGCGCCGGCGGGGAAGGAGGAGGAGGAGGAUGAGGAGGGCGAGGACCCCCUGGAUGCCAGGAUCGCCCGGACGGGCUGCCUGGAGCAGCACCGGGAGCUGCAGGAGUGCAUGGAACAGCACCGGGAUUGGCGGCAGUGCCAGACACAGCUCCGGGCAUUCGGAGCCUGCAUGGCCCGGCGGGAACAGCGGGAACAGGGACCGAGCCGGGCACACCCUGCACGGUGACACCCCCCGGGACCCCCAGCAAUGGGGGAGCUGUGCCUUUCACCCCCCUUUUUUUGUGCGAUUUUAUUUUUUUUUAUCCAAGUGCCGGGAAAUCCACGUGGGAUUAAAUUAAAUCUGGGAAUUUAAUCGUC